CGACGAGUCGCCGAGAGGGACAUAUCGAGCUUUGCGCACGUGUGCGGUUGGUGUUUGUCGUAAUUUUUUGCUCCGGUUAAGCCGCAAUAGCGGGUUCCCAUCCAAGAUGGGAAAGAAGGGCAAAUUCGGGAAGAGCCGAAGGGACAAGUUCUAUCACCUGGCCAAGGAGACUGGGUUCCGCUCCCGUUCAUCCUUCAAGCUCAUCCAGCUGAACCGCAAAUUCCAAUUCCUCCAAAAGUCAAGGGCUCUCUUGGAUCUCUGUGCUGCUCCCGGAGGAUGGCUCCAGGUGGCUUCCAAGUUCAUGCCGGUUUCCAGUCUGAUUGUGGGGGUUGACCUGGUUCCCAUCAAGCCCAUCCCCAACGUGGUCGCCCUGCAGGAAGACAUCACCACCGAAAAGUGUCGCCAGGCCCUGCGCAAAGAGUUGAAGACGUGGAAAGUGGACGUGGUGCUGAACGACGGGGCCCCCAACGUGGGAGCCAGCUGGGUGCAUGAUGCCUUCUCACAAGCCAGCCUUACCUUGUCUGCCCUCAAACUGGCCUGCGACUUCCUGUCCAAGGGCGGCUGGUUCAUCACCAAGGUGUUCCGUUCCCGGGACUACCAGCCCCUCCUGUGGAUCUUCCAGCAGCUCUUCCACAAGGUGCAGGCCACGAAGCCCCAGGCCUCGCGCAACGAGUCAGCGGAAAUCUUCGUGGUCUGCCAGGGCUACUUAGCCCCAGAAAAAAUCGACGGCAAGUUCUUUGACCCCAAGUUUGCUUUCAAGGAAGUGGAGGUCCAGGCCAAGUCUGUGAGUGAGCUGGUCUCACAGAAAAAGCCCAAGGCGGAGGGCUACGAAGACGGCGCUACGGUCCUCUACAACCGCUGCACACUGACAGACUUUCUCAAGGCCCCCAACCCUGUGGACUUCUUGUCCAAGGCCAGCGAGAUCGUCAUAGACAGUGAAGAGCUACGGCGCCACAGCGCGACUACCGAGGAGGUGUGCCACUGUUGCCAGGACAUCCGUGUUCUAGGCCGCAAAGAGCUCCGGGCUCUGUUGAAUUGGAGGGCAAAUCUCAGGCGAUUCCUUGCCAAGAAGUUGAAAGAACAAGCCAAGGAAAUGAAUAUCGACUUGAGCUCCGGCGAAGAAGAGGAAGUGACCCAGUCUGGGCGAGCAGCUCCAGAGCCGCAGGGUGCCGUUGAGGAGCAAGAAGAGAAAGCGGAGGAGGAGCAACUGGAGAUGCAGCUGGCCGAACUCAAGGCUCAGGAGAUGUCCGAACUCAAGCGGAAGAAACGCAAAAUCCUACGUGAACGCCGACGUCAGCGAGAGCGCAUCGAGCUCAAGAUGGACCUUCCGGGUGUUUCUGUUGCAGAUGAUGGCGAUACGGGGAUGUUCUCCCUCCGGGCCAUUGGGAAAAGUCAGCUGCUCCAUGAGGUGGUCCAGGGUGAUAUGGCAGCAGCGGACUCCUUUGUGGCGACCACAACAGGCCGAGACGACCUGUCCCUCUCGGAGGGGGAAGAAUCCGGCGAUGACGUCUCUCUAGCCAGCGAGCUGGAUGACGAGGAACUGGCUGAGGUCGAAGAGCGGGCGAGCAAGCUGAAGUCAGCUCGUGUCCCCGUGAGGGCUGCUGAGGAAGAGGAGGAGGAUGCAGAGGCCGGGAAUCCCCUGUUGGUGCCUCUGGAGGACAAGGAAGAACGUGAGAAACAUCAGGCCCACCUGUGGUUUGGUAAGGAAGCUUUUGCUGGGAUCGAUGAUAACGGCGAUGAAGACCUGGAGAUCGGGCAGGCCCAGAUGCUGUCCCAGAGCCAGGCGGCACCUGCUGCAGUUUCCCGAAAGGUGGAAAAGAAGCCAAAACAAGUGCCCAAGCAGGAGGCCGCACCAGAGUUGACCCUUGACAGAGGCCAGGAUUCUGCAGGAACCAAAGAACUACAGGAAGCGAAGGACUCUGACACGGACGAGAGUGACAGCAGCGACAGCGAUGAGGAGAGGAUGCAGCCAGCUUCAAGAAUGGGAGCAAAGCGUCCUUUGGCAGAGGCAGACGGUAUCGAGGUGGUUCCCAUUGAAGAUCCAGUGAAACGAGCUCGGGUUCUGGAUGCCGAAGGGCUGGCGCUGGGAGCGGCCAUUGCCACGUCCCGCAAGGCCAAGAGAGAUCUGAUCGAUGGUUCUUUCAACAGAUACACAUUUAACGGGGAGGAAGGCGAGCUCCCCGAGUGGUUUGUCCAGAACGAGAAGGAGCACAGGCGCAAACCCUUGCCUGUGAACCGGCAAGCAGCGGAAGAGUACCGCCAGCGCUGGCGGGAGAUCAACGCCCGGCCCAUCAAGAAAGUGGCAGAAGCCAAGGCCCGCAAGAAGCGCCGGAUGCUUAAAAAAAUGGAGCAGUUGAAGAAGAAAGCAGAGUCUGUGGUCAACACUGUGGACAUCUCAGAGCGGGAAAAGGCUGCCCAGCUGCGCAGCCUCUACAAGAAGGCAGGAUUAGGCAAGGAAAAACGGAAGGUAACCUAUGUCGUGGCCAAGAAAGGCGCGGGCCGGAAGGUUCGCCGCCCUGCAGGAGUGAAAGGUGAGUUCAAGGUGGUCGACAGCCGUCUCAAGAAGGACAUGAGAGCCCAGAAGAAGAAAGAACAGAAGCCAAAGCACCGGCGGAAGAAGUAAAAGACUGUUAGGUACCACAACAUUGUGAGUGCCUCUUCUGCAAGCCUCAGACACAUCAAAAUGUUGAAAGAACAUUCUGGAAUGUUCUGGUGGAACGCCCUGAACUUGCCAAGCAGCAGUGAAAGGACUAGUCCCUGCCUUGUGCUUUAGCUGAACCAAGACAUGAAAUUCACACAUGUGGCAGAUUCGGUACUUGGAUCAGUGGAGGUGAUGGCAGGUGUGAAGUGUGUAAACGUAGCAAAGUUUGACCUCUUCUUAAGUGCCUUCCCUUCAGGGCCUGUGCUCUUUGACAUUAAAUUGGGUUUUUC